UUCCCCUACUCAAGGAGACAAGUUAGCAAUCCCGAAGCAGCAACAACAACCAAAAAAGGAACACAAAACUUCUGCUUUUGCGGCUUUAUUUUCAGUUGUUUCGCCUCCUCAUUGGCGUCUACGGCUGGGCAAAGCUCGAGGAAAACUCCAUCUCCCGUGGUGCUUUGCGCUCACCGGGGUGCGGCGCGUCCACACGCACACGCACACGCACACGCCCACAAGAGUUUUUCCGAGCGGACUUGAGGCUGUCGGUCCUUCUCGUCCUCGCCGCUUCUCUCCGUGCACACCCCGGGUGGGACAGCUGCAGCUCUGCGAACUUCUUCUUGUAGGGGAAAGAAAAAAAAACAAAAGGAAACCAACUCCUGUCGACAUGGCCAGCAGAGGAACCGUCAAAGCCAGCGCCAACUUCGACGCCGACGCCGACGCCGAGGUCCUGUACAAGGCCAUGAAAGGGCUGGGCACAGACGAGGAAGCCAUCUUGCAGCUGCUGACAUCCCGCAGCAACGCCCAGCGUCAGCAGAUCAUCGCCGUCUACAAGACCCUCUUCGGGAAGGAUCUGAUACAAGACCUGAAGGGGGAGCUUGGGGGUAAAUUUGAGACGCUCAUCGUGGCCCUGAUGACUCCGCCCCUUGCCUAUGAUGUCAUGUCACUCCGCAAUGCCGUCAAGGGGGCAGGCACCGACGAGAAGGUGCUGGUGGAGAUACUAGCGUCCAGGACUGCUCAUCAGGUGAAGGACAUCGUAGCUGCCUAUCGACAAGAGUACGAUGACGACCUGGAGGAGGACGUGUCGGGCGACACCUCGGGCCACUUCAAACGGCUCCUGGUCAUCCUGCUCCAGGCCAACAGGCAGACUGGCAUCCAGGAGGCAAACAUCCAGGCUGACGCUGGGGUCCUGUUCAAGGCCGGCGAGCACAAGUUCGGCACCGACGAGCAGACGUUUGUCACCAUCCUGGGAAACCGCAGCGCCGAGCACCUCAGGAAAGUGUUUGACGCCUACAUGAAGCUGUCGGGCUACGAGAUGGAGGAGAGCAUCAGGAGGGAGACAUCCGGGAGCCUCCGAGAGCUGCUGCUCGCCGUCGUGAAGUGUGCCAGGAGCGUCCCGGCCUAUUUUGCCGAGACUCUGUACUACGCGAUGAAGGGCGCCGGAACCGACGACAACACCGUGAUCCGUGUGAUGGCCAGCCGCAGCGAGGUGGACUUGUUGGCCAUCCGAGCUGAGUUGAGGAGGAUGUUUGCGUGCUCGCUGCAUUCCAUGAUCACGAGCGACACUAGCGGCGACUACCGCAAGGCUUUACUCCUCCUGUGCGGCGGGGAUGACGCGUAACCACAGCAACGGUGGCUAACCCGACGCCGACCUCCGGCGGUUUCGGGAGACGACCGAGCUCGUCGCCGACGGACCAGCCGUCGGCUGCUUUUUCAACUCGAAUAGCCGAUCUUCGAAAGGUUCAAUCCGCUUUUUAACCGACGGUCCGCUAAUUUUACGAAUGAUUCUAUUUCUAUGUGUUUGCGCUUGUUUGACACUUGAUUCAAUAAUAAACUUUUCAUUUGAUGAAGUACAAUCAAA